AUGUUGGAGUAUAUUUUAUAUUUUCUGUACUUUGUGAUAUUUUAUUUUCUGUUGAAGCGAUUUGUUUUGGAACAUUUUUAUAUCGAAGAAAGUGGCAAAUUUGUUAUUGUAACUGGUUGUGAUAGUGGAUUUGGAAGACUUUUGGCCAUUCGAUUACUUGAAAAACGAGUCAAUGUUUUUGCAUGUUGUUAUACACAACAGGUUGGUAAAAGGGGAGAGAAAACUAUGAAGGAAAUAUUGUGGCAGUUUAGAAUUCAAACUUCAAUGUUCUUCAAACAGUUAUGGAAUAUUUUUAGAAAAAAAUUUAAUUAGAAAUUUUGAAAACAUCUAAAAUUAGAAGACAGCUAUGACGUGGCGGAUUAGGAAAUUUGUGAAAAAUCAGAUGAAAAAUCUACAGUAAUCCACAAUUUCGGUUCAGAAAAAAUUAUUAGAAAAUUGUUUCUGAACAUUUGUACAACUCCUUUCACGUGGCACGUGGCAAAGACAAAUUUAAAUUUGAAAAUUAAAUUUUAUUAUUUCCUGAUAUACAAACAUUAAAGUUAUCAGCUAUCACUCUCAUUUUUCAGGGGAUUGACAGUUUGAUUUCAAAAUGGCGAAUUGGUUCAAACUCAAAAGGAAAACUUUUUCCAAUUCGAUUAGAUGUGACAAAUGAGGAAAGUGUGAAUUCGGCAAAAUUAGAAGUUACCAGGAUUUUGAGUGAAAAUGUAAGACUCUCAAAAAUUUUUGAAAUUUGGAACCCAUAUCACUCUUGGUUUUUUCAGAACGCUGAACUUUGGGCUUUGGUAAACAACGCUGGAUUUUUCUCAAUUUUUGGUCCUGAUGAUUGGUGUAGUACAAAUGAAUAUAUGAUGUCAUUAAAUGUGAAUACUUUGGGACCAGUUCGAAUGUGUCACGCAUUUGUUCCACUUAUCAAAAAAUCAAAAGGAAGAAUUGUAACAAUGGCAUCAUCAGCUGGAAGACUUCAUGGAUUAUAUGUUGGACCAUAUUGCACAGCAAAAUAUGCUGUUGAAGGAUAUAUGGAUUGUUUGAGACUGGAGUUGAGAAAAUUCGGAGUAUCUGUGCAUAUUUUGGAACCAGGAGCAUUUAGAACAGAGUUGUUGAAUCAAGAUGCACAAAGACAACGAAUAACUGGGAUUUGGAGUAAAUUAUCAAAUGAAACUAAACAUGAAUAUGGAGAGGAUUUCAGAGAGAAUUGUAGGUUUUUUGUUUGAAGUGUGGGUACAGUAUUUUAGAAAAGUUGAAAAACAAAUGUUUCGAAAUAAUUUGUUUUUUCACCUUGAAAAGUUUUGAGCAUCAAAAUCUAAAUUUUUUACAGUUGAAAGAAGUUGGGAAGCUGGUGUGAACUUUGUUGCCAAUAAAAACAUUCAAUGGGUUGUUGAUUGUUAUACACACGCACUUUUCUGCUGGUGGCCUCGUCUUCGAUAUACACCUGGAUGGGAUGCAAUAUUUAUGUUCAUCCCACUUAGUUUGAUGUCAACAUAUAUUCAAGAUACAGUUUUAACUGUCUUGUAUAAUUUGAGUCCUGGUCCAGCAUUAGUUCCACAAGUUAUCAAAAGAAAAACAAAGAUUGGAGAUAAUUUAUUACGAUUAUUAUCAUUUGGCGCACAAGUUGCUUUAAUUCCUGUUUUGUACACAUUUUGGUUUUUGAAGGAUUCGAUACCUCCAAAAACAACUGUUGUUCCACCAACAAAUCAUACUGUAGCAGAAUGA